GCGUAAAGAGUUCUGGGAACUUCCGGAACUAUGCGACGUGUCGUGUUCAGUUGCUGGGGCUGAGAGUUGAAAGAAUCGUGAGUGCAUAGUAAAGGGGGUGGACAGUGAAGUGGAUCUGUCGGUAUACACUUUGUGCGAAAAUGGCACCAAAAGGCAAUAGCAAACAGCAGUCAGAAGAAGACUUACUGCUGCAGGAUUUCAGCAGGAAUCUAUCAGCAAAGUCAACGGCACUUUUCUACGGCAAUGCGCUAAUCGUGUCCGCCAUUCCCAUUUGGCUUUUUUGGAGGAUAUGGCACAUGGACCUGGUGCAGUCUGCAGUUUUGUACAGUGUCAUGACACUUGUCAGUACCUAUUUAGUUGCAUUUGCCUACAAAAAUGUUAAAUUUGUUCUAAAGCACAAAGUGGCUCAGAAACGCGAAGAUGCAGUUUCUAAAGAAGUCACUCGUAAGUUGUCAGAGGCUGAUAGCAGGAAGAUGUCCCGCAAAGAAAAAGAUGAAAGAAUCCUGUGGAAGAAGAAUGAGGUAGCAGAUUAUGAAGCUACGACUUUCUCCAUCUUCUAUAAUAAUACACUGUUCCUGGUGUUGGUGAUUAUUGCAUCAUUUUUCCUGCUGAAGAAUUUCAAUCCAACAGUAAAUUACAUCUUGUCUAUCAGUGCUUCUUCUGGACUGAUUGCAUUGUUGUCUACAGGAUCCAAAUAAUUUCAUUCUUACCAAUACAUUAAAAAAAAAUUUUUUUGUUACUGUUCCAUUUGUGAAUAAAAACGAUACAUUUA